CCCGGAGCAAAUCGCACGAGACCAGUUGCUGAGGCGUGGGGAUGGCGUCUCGUGGGCAGCGACCCGAGCACAGCGGGCCUCCGGAGCUGUUCUACGACAAGAAUGAAGCCCGGAAAUACGUGCGCAACUCACGGAUGAUUGAUGUCCAAACCAAGAUGGCUGGGCGAGCGUUGGAGCUCCUUUGUCUGCCUGAGGAUCAGCCUUGUUACCUGUUGGAUAUUGGCUGUGGUUCUGGGCUGAGUGGAGAUUACCUCUCAGAUGAGGGGCACUACUGGGUGGGCCUUGACAUCAGCCCUGCCAUGCUGGAUGCGGCCUUGGACCGAGACACGGAGGGAGACCUGCUUCUGGGGGACAUGGGUCAGGGCAUCCCCUUCAAACCGGGCUCCUUUGAUGGUUGUAUCAGCAUUUCUGCGGUGCAGUGGCUCUGUAAUGCUAACAAGAAGUCCGACAUUCCUGCCAAGCGCCUGUACUGCUUCUUUUCUUCUCUUUACUCUGUUCUGGUCCAUGGAGCCCGGGCUGUCCUGCAGCUGUACCCUGAGAACUCAGAGCAGUUGGAGCUGAUCACGACCCAGGCCACCAAGGCCGGCUUCACUGGUGGUGUGGUGGUGGACUAUCCCAACAGCGCCAGAGCCAAGAAGUUCUACCUCUGUUUGUUUUCUGGACCUUCGACCUUUAUACCAAUGGCCCAGAGCGAAGAGAAUGAGGAAGAGGAGGCCAGGGAGUCCACGUUCACGGUUGAGAGGCUCCCUCUUGUCCUCACACCGGUGUCUACAGACGACGUGUCCUAACUGUAAACUUAGCCUCUACCCUACCACUCGUCAGCUGCUCUCUCCAAAGGCUCUGUCCCUUCCAGCAUUGGCACUGUGGACUCCACUUCCCUCUUGGCACCUGUGGUCGGGGUCGCUCACCGUCUUCACUGCUCCCUUUGUCUCCCCUGAUGACUCUUUCCCAUCGUCCCUCCCACAGCUCACAUCUUGCCCCCUGUGCUACCCCAGACUGUGCUACCCCAGAGCUUGUCCUUCCUUAGAGACUCCUGGGAUUAGUCCUGCAUCUCCAGCAGCCUGCUUUGCACCUGGCACGUCGGACUCCUGCCCCCUCAUCGUAGGCCCUCUUAACUUUCUUUCGUGAACUGCUAUCUCUGCACACCCCAAAGUCUAGGACAUGUUGUGUUCCUCCUUUGGUAGAAAGCCUCGCUGCUUCCUGGAGGGAGAGCACGCUCCUUGCUGGUUGGUGUUCACGCCUCCAUGAACUGGACCAGCCAAGUGGGAUUCUGAGUUGGUGUUUUUUUUUUAAUCUGACUUUUAUUAUUAGGUUAGAACAGAUGAGAAGUAGCAGCCGGAAGGGUGUGUCAUGCAGUCCGGCUUCCACUGGUCCUCAGGCAAGGAGGAAACUUAUGAGGAUGACUCAAUCCUCAGCUGACCCUCAGAGUCUCACUUGGACCCUUCCUCUCCUCACACUCAAUGACUCCAGGCAACAGGGCUCUUCUGCUCCCUAACCUUCCUCUUCAGUCCUUUCCCUGUGCCUCAUUUUCAUGUAUUGCUUCUUGUCUGGAAUACUGGCCCACCUUCUGCAUGAAGUAGCUUAUCUCUGUGGCCCUCUCCUUUUCCCCAUCACUGCCUUAGCAGCUUCUGGUCUCUCUGCACUUGCUUUGCCUCGUGCGGGUGGUCGCUACCACAGCCCAGCCGUGGACUCUUUAGGGGCAGGGCUGGUUCACAGCCACUGUAGAACAUCCAUGGGCCGUGCACGCAGGUACUCAGGGAAUGGUUACUCAGAGGGCAAGCAGCCUCCGUGGUGUGUUCGACGCUGAAAACAGUUGGAUUCCAACUGCCAGGUGGGGAUGUGGUUUGAGGGCCCAGGCUGCCCUGUUCUCAGGGCCUCUCUCCCAUAGAGCUGUGGGAGGUCCCUUUUCUCCUCAGCCAGGACUGGAGGCCAAGAUCACCCCUUGAGGAUCAUUGUCAGGGCUGCCACAAGUGGGGCAGCCUUGUUUUCCUGCCUCAGACACCUGUAGUUGCUGGGAGCCCCAACUUGGUCUAUACCAAGCGUGCUGGCCUCAGCCAGACUAGGGCCUGCUUUCCUUGGAUCGGCUCUUGUGAGCCCCAAAAGUAGCUCGGCCCCUGCCUGCCCCACAGGCAGGUAUGUAUGUAUGCCUAACCACGUGGUCAACCGCGUGGAUGCCUGCGAGCGAGGGGGGGACCCCACCUCUCCUGCCUCCUCCUAAACAACCGCUCUGGCGCCAGCAGAUGUCACCAGGAAGGGGGUGUCCAGAAUGGGGACUUCUGUUGUGGAGGGGGCAUCUGAGGCCACCUGACUCGGGGGAAGCUCACCACGCUUACCUGCUGGGAUUAACCUGGGUGCCAGCCAGGCCACUCUGUCCGUCUGCUCACAGCUGUGUCUCCU